UGAUACGUCACCUUUGAUCCUGAAGUUUGUCUGAAGUUUCGCGUUUGUCAUCGCGGACGAAAGCGAAGCGAGAGUGACGGAACGAGACAGAUCUUUUGAUAGUCGUCGGCACGAGAAAAACCGGCGGGAUUUAUGAGCGAGCAGGAUUCGUUCUAUAGUUAGAUAAAUUCCCCCGCGGCACGCCGAAAAUAAACGCGGAACCGGCGUGACUCUGGGAACGUCUCCUUUGACGCGAAACUGGAGUGCUAUGAAUGCUUAGAAAUCGCAUCAUGUCCCUUGUGCAGAUAGACGGUAGUUUGGGUGAGGGUGGUGGACAAGUAUUGAGAAUUGCUCUCAGCCUGAGCACGCUCUAUGGCAUCCCUAUCGAAAUCGAGAAUAUACGUGCUGGAAGGCCGAAGCCUGGUCUCGCGGUGCAACAUUUGAAGGGUGUGGAACUUGUCAAAGAGAUGUGCAAUGCCCAAGUCAGAGGUGGAUACAUAGGAUCGACGCGUUUGGAAUUUCGUCCUGGUCCGUUAAACAAGACCAAGAGAACAUUCGUGGCAGACACACAAACCGCUGGAUGCAUCUGCUUGCUGGCGCAAGUGGCUCUGCCAUGCGCCCUUUUUUUUCCAUGUAAUGAUACAAUCACGCUCAUCCUGAAGGGUGGCACAAACGUUCCCAUGGGUCCGCAUAUAGAAUAUCUGACAGAGGUGUUCAAGCCAAUGCUGAAUAAAUUUGGAGCAGACUUUGAUUUCGUGGUCGUGAAGAGGGGAUAUUAUCCAAAAGGUGGAGGCGAGGUGCAUUUACGGAUAAAACCGGUCAGUAGCUUAAAUGCGGUUACUUUAAACGAUUCAGGCAUUCCUCGUGGAAUAACAGGAUGGUCUUAUGUGGCUGGAUCAGUUCAUAUAAACGAGGCGCACACGAUGGCCAGCGAUGCUAAAACAAUUUUGACAAAUAAAUUAAUAAAAAGCAACAUUCGAGUGCCACCGAUUACAAUCGAAGCUUAUAGAGAAGACAGAGCAAUGGCUGUUGGAAAUGGUUCUGGUAUUAAUAUAGUGUGUAAUACCAGUACGGGAUGCGUUUUUGGAGGCUCCGGCUUGGGUUCCGGACGUCAUGAGGGUCCGCCGCCAGGUGAUACAGCUGCUAAUGAAAUUUUAAAACCGCUCUUAGUAGGGGCGUGUGUUGACGAACACACACAGGACCAGAUGAUAAUUUUAAUGGCACUAGCAAAAGGUACUUCGCAGAUCAAAGUCGGAGACAAGAAACUCACUUGUCAUACAGAGACUGCUAUGCAGAUUGCUGAGAUAAUGCUAGGUAAACGCGGACUUCGUUUCAAUUUGUCGAGAAGCGCCGAAGACGGGGAUAACUCGUCCUACGUCUUGGAGUGCCAGGGAUGUGGACUAAUUAACGACAAUCUGGUUAAACAAUGAUCAUAUGAUGCUUUAUAACUUAUCGUUGCACACGUGAUUAACAAUCUCGGUGUAUCAUGUCGAUCAAUUACAGCUUUCGCGUUCACCGCGUUACAAAUAAAUUGCAACAUCGAUAUUAACAGUCACACAUACUUUCAUAAACUUUCAAUAAUAUUUCUACAAUUUUAUAAGAAUGUUGAAGUCGUUUAAGUAAUACAGUUCAUUAACAAGCAUCAUCAUUAUAUAUACAAUGUGCUAUGGUUUUUAUGUGCUAAAUUAUGAUUGUUUAAUGUACUGUAAUCUUAAAAUUAACGCAAUCAAGCAGAAAGUUUUAAAUCUCUAAACAUGUGAAUACAGAUUUGUGCCUCACACAUAUAGAAACACCCUUGUUUGUUACAUAUACACAUAUGGGAUAAUGUAACACAUAUGAAAGUGCAUUCUGAUUGAAAUGAGCCAUUUAUACACACAAUAUCUGUAAUUCACCAUUUUAGAGAAAUGUAAGGCAACAAGAUUAUUCUUGUUUCGAUCUGAAAAACGGUUCGAUCGCCCGAAGAAAUUCCUUCUCAAAGAUCUGACAUGAGAAACGAUUUACAGAUGAUCUGAAAAAGGAAAUUAAUAUAUAAUGGAAUCCUUAUCUUACAAUAUGAAUUAAAUAAUUAUAAUUUUUUAUAAUUAUUAGUUAAUAAUUAAAUCAUAAUUAUAAAA